UUGAAACAAACUUUUAAAACAGAACUAACAAUCACAUUUUAUCACAUUAAAAAGUAGAAACCUAAAUGAUAAAGGAUCCAAAAACCAUGUGGGCCGCUACCACUCUAUCCUGCCGAGUAUGGCCUCCCGUCACAACCACCGGCAGCCAAGGUCACUUCAUCGUCUCCGCCAGAUAUUCACGACCUCGCAAGAACAUCAAUUACUACCCCGAAGACGAAGAGGAUGAGGAAAAAGAAGAAAUAGACACUUGGAAGCCGCAAGAAAUUGGGGAUUCAGAUGAUGUAUCAUCAUCCGCAGCGAAAAUUAGCGGAUCUGUUGUUCUGUUGGCACUGCAAAAAGCUAGUUCCCAGAAAACCUCCAAACAGAUGACAAAGAAGAUGAAGAAGAAGAAGAAGAAGAAAGAAGUGGACGAUAAAGGAGAUGCAAUUACAGAUUACAGCGGCGUGAAGCCAUUGUGCGUAAAAAGCGAUUGGAAGGAUAAAUUGGAUGAACUCGAGACACAGCUUCACCAACUAAUUCAUAACGCAUGAUCUUUAGUUUCCAUUUCUUAUAAUUGUUAUUUUUCUGUAUUAUUUUGCUUUAAUUGUUGUUGAUGAAUCAUUAAUGUUUAUUUGGUGAUUUGAUAAA